UUUCCAUCCGUUUUAAUUGACAUAGCAGCAUAAUUUUUUCCCUACCCGUUUGCAUUUAAAUUGACGUUUUCCAGAAACGAACGUCGUAUUCAUUCUGUUGCUGAUUGGGGAAACAUUCGUGUCACUGGAAGGCUGAAAAUGACGAAAACCUUAUUCAUCUUAAGCUGCUUUCUUGUUGCUUUUGCACAUGCAAGAUACCCAGGCAGGCUGGAGAAUGUUCUUUUGGGUAAUGAUGAACAUACAGAUUGUCGGAGAGGGGAAAGUUCUAAUCCGAAAAAAUAUUAUGUGUCAUUGGUGAUGGUCCCUUUCGGAAGACGUCUGGCCUAUACUCAGAAACCCGGGAUAAGAAAACUGUUCUUUUCACCGAAGAAUGCCAUGGGGAAUACUCCACUUCCAUUUGAAAUUCUUUUGUGUUCUAAGUAUUCCAUUGCACCUUCACCAAAUUUCACAAAGCCACAGCAGUUGUACGCGGAUAAGGAUUUACAACUAUACAUGGCAGACUACGAUUUGGUCAUGCCUAUGAAAUAUUCUCGUGUCCAGUUGCAUUUCCGUUCAAACAAGGUUUAUACUAGACUCAAGGAUCAUAUCGGUAUGCUGUGCUUGAAACCCGGAGAGGAAGGUGCGAUGCUUUCAAGCGAUUGUGGUUCCUACUACAAUUUGGUCCCAGUAAAGAAGAGCAAGCUGAUUGAUUUUAAAUGAAGACUUCUCAGCCAGAAUUUUUGCAUGUUAUGUAUAGAGAGAUAGUGAUAACUGUAGCGUAUAAAGCAACGUUCAACUGUGUAAAAGCAAUAACGAAUAAAUACUCAGUAUU